CUUUGCAAGACAAGGGCGAGGAGGAGGAGGAGGAGGAGGAGGAGGACGGGGUGCCUCUCUCUGCCGGCCUCCGCUGGAGCAGCAGCACUUGCCAGCCGGCAGCGCGAAAGGAGGGCGCCGCCCGUCCCGCCGUUAAAGCCUCUGCUUCUCUUUCCCCGCAACAUCGGCUCACCGCAUGUCAAGUCUGCAGCGCCCCCCGGCUGCUUCGGCUCAGGCCCCGCCGGUUUCCUUAAGUGCGGAGCAGGCCAAAGUGGUUUUGGCGGAAGUGAUCAAGGCAUUUGGAUCUCCGGAAAAUGCUCAGCGCCUGGAGGAAGCCAGGGACAAUGCCUGCAAUGACAUGGGGAAGAUGCUUCAGUUCCUGCUUCCUGUGGCUACCCAGAUACAACAGGAUGUGAUCAAAGCUUAUGGUUUCAGUAAUGAUGGGGAAGGAGUCUUAAAGUUUGCCAGAUUAAUAAAAUCAUACGAGUCUCAGGAUCCUGAAAUUGCAAGCAUGUCUGGGAAGCUGAAGUCUAUGUUUCUGCCUCCAAUGACUCUACCUCCCCAUGGAGCUGGGGCAGGAGGUGCAGUUGCCACAUCAUGAAGCAGGCAGCCUGUGGUGGGAUCUGUAUUAUUUUUUUUGUUUCCACAUCAGUCUUAACUUGGCUGGAACUUGGGCAUUGUUUUCUUUCGUUAUCAUGGAAGAGGUGUUUUGACUUUUUUCUAUAGUCCUUAAUAUUUUUUUGUGCUUAUGAAUAAAAACUUCUUGUAAAUAUG